AUGAACCACUCUGACCCAGCGGUAGUGUCGGAGUCCCACCAGGACACGGCUGAGGUGAAGAGCGAGCCGUCGGCUAACGACGAACUCAACGUCGUCACCACCGAUGAGGAGAACAGUCGGACCCCACGCGUCGCCUCGCAUUCCGAUGACGUCACACCCACACCGCCGCCGUCCACCAAUCGGGUGGCGCCGUCGAGUCACGUGAGGUCGCCGGGGUCAUGCCCCGCGGCGCCGCCGCCGCCGCCGCCGCCGGCAGCCCCGGUUGGGCCAAGUCCCGCCCUCUUCUCAGCACUAGACCCACCGCUGCGAUACCGCUCACUGCUGGAUCUGCGACCGGGAAGUGCGGCGUACGGACACCGGAUGGCCACUGGCUUCCACCCGCUCUUCUUCCCCUCCCUGGGAACGCCCAUGGUGUCGCCGUUCCUCCCCAGAGGUAUCACCCCGCAAUCCUGCAGCUGCUGCCCGGGCAAGACGCACGCGCCGCCGUUCCCGCCGUCGGCCUUUUUCCCGAGUCCGUUCUCGCUGCAGUCGAGUCCGGUCAUUUCUGGCCCGGUGACGUCACUGGGUCACAGCGAAUCACAGGCCAGCAGCGUGGAGGAGCUCAGGAGAAAGGCGCAGGAGUACUCAGCCGCCGUUCUCAAAAGUCUGCACGCGGCCAAUCUGCGCACCAUCUCGCGUUUGGGCGGAGUCGAACCACGCAUCUCUCCCCCUCCGCCGACCGGAUCCAGCGGAUACAGUAUCCGUGAUCUCGUCAGUCCCCCGGAUGACCCGGUCAGUUCUCCGGUUGACCCAGUCAGUUCGAAUGAGGAGAGGGCACUGGAUGGUGGCGGUAGGCGUGGAGAGGACACGAGACACACGGAGGGAUGAGUCGCGAUACAUCGACUGCCGCUGCCUGACCGCUUGGAACAGCGUGAGAGUUCCGGUUAGCACUUGGUCCACCGGAUAUGGUGCUUAACCCAAACCACCCAGCGAUACAUCGAGGAAGGACCGGGAGGACGCAGGGAGGAUAUGCCGAGACACCAGAUGAGACAACGUGAGGACACUCGAAGAAUCGGAUGAGAAUAAAGUGAAAUUAUCCGGAGAUUCAUUGAAGCAGUGAGAGUAGCAGAGGAAUGGACACAGUAGAAACACACAUGGAGACGAAAACGCUUAGUCUCACUCGAUGAGCGAGUUAAGUCUGGAUAAGCCGUUAACCGAGCUAAGCCUGGAUAAAUACCCAGCGUUGGAGACAUGAGAUGGGUUGGAGACCCAGUGGAAAAGACAAAGUGAGCAGAGAUGGGCAGAUGUAUGCAGACAAGAUAGUGAUCAUGGUAAAACGCAAUGAGAUACGAAAAACGGCAAAAUGGAAUUAUGUCUCGAGGUGGAGCGUAUACAGAGAUCACAAGGUGUUAUGACAGGAAGUUGGUGUUCAUGUUUUAAUUGUUCGAGCUAGUCGCCCGAGUAGUGGUUGACUUCUUGUCAGUGAGCCGACGAUCUCACAAUUAUUGUCACUUAUGACAAAGUUCGAGCUUUGCAUUGUAAAUAGUGGAAAUCGCUAUCAUAAGACAUAGCUGUGUUUUACGUCGCGAACUACACAACCUUGUAGAGGGAUGACACGAUAGAAAUGAUUUAAAGAAAUUGUUGAUGGGUUGCAUGGAUGAAACAAUUUUGUGAGGUGUCAACCUGUUUUGCGCCAAUGCGUGUGAACGUGAUUCGAGGUGUGUUUUGAUGUAUUUGAUAGAAAAUCAGUUAGGUUUCUUUCAUAAUCUUGAAAAACGCUUGUCAUUUUACAGAAGAGCAUAAGGCAGAACUAUAACAUAAUGCGACUUUUUACCUACAUUCGCUGCCUUUCGUAUCCAAGCCUUGCUAGAAAAAGUUUUCAUCGUGUUUGGUGUGAUGCUACUCUGCUUUGGUUCUAACAGUGUCUGUAAAGCACGUCACCUGUAACAGCGUAGGAUGACAAAUGUCAUUCCCAAGAAGUUCAAAACUUAUGUAUCGUGCAAUAUUGUUCAAACUUUGAUUACGAAUGCUGAGUUAUUUGUGCUAUGUGGUAACGUUAUCAUUUAACAUUUGUAGAGGCUAUAAUAAUUUAAUAUGCAUGCGUACCAGUAUGUUAUGGUCAGUGUCUUUGCCGAUGGGGGUAUUAUAGAAUGAUCUCGAAGCAUACGGCUACAAAAUAAAAAUAAAUAUUAAAGAG